UAUGUUGGCAGCAGUGGUAAGGAAGAGAGGGUUGAGAGAGCACCCUCACUCUUGAGCCACGUGUGUCCCUGACUACACAAACGAGUAGUUAAGCGGUGGUGUUAGUGACCUGUUGAGGUGGCGCAAGACUCACACUGGCUAUUCUCCUCAAGUGAUCAUCAGCACAGGUGCCCACACUAGCUCUCCAGUCUCUCUCAGAUCACCACUGACAUUCAACUGGUCAGGUCAACAACACAGGUUGAGACGCGAUGUGGCUGCCGGGACUUCGAGUAGGCUUCAGUCUGCUGCCCAGCCUAGUCUUGCUCCUCGACCUGCUGGGGCUGGCCGCUGGCACAUCUCAGAGGAUGUUUUUGGAAGAGAUGUUGAAGGAUUACGACGUGAAUGUGUGGCCCCACGGUGACACUGGCAGUGGCAGGGACAAGCGAUCUACCCUCCCUGAUGGAGUUCAAUUGUCUUUAGAGCCUCCGGAGGAACCAACCACAGUGAACGUUCAGAUGUUUAUCAAUUCCUUCGGGUCACUCAACGCUGCUAACAUGGACUACAGCAUUGACGUGUUCUUGAGACAGCGCUGGAAUGACCCUCGUCUCCGCUUCAGUGACACCAGGGAGAAGAUCACCGUUACUAACCCUGCUAUACAAGCCAAGAUCUGGAAGCCAGAUACAUACUUCAACAACGUGAAGGAUGCAGAGGUACAUCAGGUCACCAUGCCUAACAUACUUGUCAGACUACAUCGCAAUGGUGACGUUCUGUAUAGCAUGAGGCUCACAUUGAAGCUCUCCUGCAACAUGCAACUUAAGCACUUCCCCUUUGACGAGCAGUUGUGUGACACCGCCCUAGCCUCCUAUGCCAACACAGAUGAUGUCAUUGUUUAUAAGUGGGUGGACGUGAACCCCAUUGACCUGCCUGACCAACUGGAGAUCGCCCAGUUUGACCUCAUCAACUAUUCCACUGACAACUACACACAAUAUUUCGUCACAGGUAAUUUCAGUGGGUUGAUGGUGCACUUCAGUCUGAGACGUCAGAACGGCUACCAUGUCCUUCAGACGUACGUUCCUACCAUUCUCAUCGUGUCCAUCUCGUGGGUGUCCUUCUGGCUGGACCCCAACGCUGUCCCUGGCAGGGUGUCCCUGGGCGUCACUACCCUGCUCACCCUCACUACUCUAGCUUCUGGUAUCAGGGCACAGCUGCCUCCUGUCUCCUAUGUCAAGGCUAUUGAUGUAUGGAUCGGCAUGUGUAUGAUCAUGGUGUUCGGAGCUCUGCUGGAGUUCACUCUGGCUAACUGGCUCGCAAACAAGAAAAUCAGCGAGGACGGUCAAACAAUAUUUAGGAUUCCUAAGGCUCUGGCCGGCUCUGACGCUGAAGAGGUGGGCGUUCAUGGUGUUGGUCUUGACGAAGAUGAGGAGGAGAAGGAGGAGAAAGAUGAACAAGAAAAACAACCCGAAGAUGUCGAGGAUGCUGCUGGUAAAUCGCCCAAGACCUACAUGGAUUAUGCCCGGGCUCUUGAUCGCCUGUGUCGAGGCCUCUUUCCCUUUUCCUUCCUGGUGUUCAACAUCGUCUAUUGGCCAUACUAUCUCAUCCAGCAACACAGGACUCUUUCGAUUCAUGGCUUGGUUGAUGGGGUUUAAAGCCUGUCGACUACACGAGGGUCAUGAAGGCUGCGUGUCACCUCCACACCACCAGGCAUAGAGACCGAGACAUCAGAUGCUGAAGUCUGGUCCGUGAAGUCACAACUCUCUGAUGUCCACUCGUCGCUUGCUCUGCGAGGUUUGAAGCCUGUCUACUGCAUGAUGGUCAAGGCUGAUGAACUACACCCAUCACUCAAGAAUUAUUUAAUUCCUAAAACAGGAAACAAAAUAAGCUUUCAAAAUAACCGUAGCCUAUUUUUUAGACCUCGUAGACUGUUUACACUGAGAAAUAUACAUCUCUCAGUGUAUAUACCUUGUGUAUAUAUCUUGGUAUAUAAGAACUCUCGUGUAACUUCAAUGAUGUAUUUAGCUAAUACACAAAAUACAGACUGAUUACAUUAGGUCACUCCAUCUCGAAAUUAAUGGUAAUGUUUUCAGUAUUGAUAUUAAAAAAUUUUCGGCUUCCACUCUUUUCUUUCGCAAGAAUUGAUUACUGUCAACUAAUGGUACUUACCAUCAGAUCUGAUUGACACAUCAGGUCUAAUUAGUUAGAUAUUAUCAGGUCUAGCUGGUUACACACUAUCAGGUCUGAUUGGUGGGAUAUUAUCAGGUCUGAUUGGUGGGAUACUAUCAGGUCUGACUGGUUACACACUAUCAUGUCUGAUUGGUGGGAUACUACCAGGUCUGAUUGGUGGGAUACUAUCAGGUCUGAUUGGUGGGAUACUAUCAGGUCUGAUUGGUGGGAUACUAUCAGGUCUGAUUGGUGGGAUAAUAUCAGGUCUGAUUGGUGGGAUACUAUCAGGUCUGAUUGGUGGGAUACUAUCAGGUCUGACUAGUUACACACUAUCAGAUCUGACUAGAUUAAUAUUAUCAGGUCAGACUGGCACAGGUUUCAGAGCUACAAUACACAGCCACACUUACUGAGAAUUAUAUGUUUACUGUAAAAA